AUGGCUCAGUUUUGCAAAAGGGAGUUGCUUUCGGAUAGCAUCGUAAUUGGUGUGAAGUUGAGAAGAACCCAACUUCUCGAUCAAUUCGAUAGAGCUUUGACAUUGCAGAGACCGAUGCCGCUCAAAGCAUUUCCAAAAAAUUUAGAAGCAGCAUGGAAUAAUGAAUUUCAAAGGACCGGAUCGGGUGAUGUCAAAAUCACGAUUCAAGAGCAAACGAUCUAUGCAAGUAGUGCAAUACUUGCUAAACGUUCCGACUACUUUCAAAGAAUGUUUGAGGGAUCAUGGGCAGAAUGCAAUCGGUCCUGUAACAAUCAACAACAAAUUACAGACGACAGUUCCAUCAAUGAUAGUGAUGAUUGUUUGUUGACAGC